CAACAGCAUGGCGGAGUGGCCGGCCCGCGACGCCGUGCGCGACUCCUCUUCCUCAUACCUGGCAGAUACUGAUCUGAGGUGGAGGUGAACAUUGUGCGUUGCCAUUGCGGUUUCAUCCCCACAAAGCCAUGGAUUUCUCCCAGCUGCCCAAGAUCGGAGAUGCCGAGAAGGAGAGCGAGAUGGGCUUUGUCCACGGUGUCUCUGGACCCGUGGUGAUCGCUUGCAAGAUGGCCGGGGCCGCCAUGUACGAACUGGUGCGAGUCGGACAUUUUGAGCUGGUGGGCGAAAUCAUCCGCCUGGAGGGCGACCUGGCCACCAUCCAGGUGUAUGAGGAGACCUCGGGCGUUUGCGUUGGGGACCCCGUCCUGCGUACCGGGAAACCCCUCUCGGUUGAGCUCGGCCCCGGCAUCAUGGGCUCCAUCUUUGACGGGAUCCAGCGUCCGCUGAGGGACAUCACAGAGCUCACCAAGAGCAUCUACAUCCCUCGCGGCAUCAACAUCACUGCCUUGUCCCGGCAGAUCAAGUGGGAGUUCACACCCAGCCCUAACAUCCGGGUUGGGAGCCAUGUAACCGGUGGCGAUAUUUAUGGGGUGGUGCGCGAAAACUCCCUCAUCAAACACAUGAUCAUGGUGCCGCCUCGGUCCAAGGGCACCGUCACCCACAUCGUCCCGGCUGGGAAUUACGAUGCUUCGGAUGUGGUGCUGGAACUUGACUUCGAGGGAGUGAAGGAGAAGCUCACAAUGGUGCAAGUCUGGCCCGUCCGGCAGAUCCGUCCUGUCUCUGAGAAGCUGCCGGCCAACAACCCCCUCCUCACUGGCCAGAGGGUCCUGGACGCCCUUUUCCCGUGUGUUCAGGGUGGGACCACCGCCAUCCCAGGGGCCUUCGGCUGUGGUAAGACGGUCAUCUCCCAGUCGCUCUCCAAAUACUCCAACAGUGACGUGAUCAUCUACGUUGGCUGUGGCGAACGGGGCAACGAGAUGUCCGAGGUCCUGAGGGACUUUCCUGAGCUCACGAUGGAAGUGGAUGGCAAGACGGAGACCAUCAUGAAGCGCACCUCGCUGGUGGCCAACACCUCCAACAUGCCGGUGGCGGCUCGAGAGGCCUCCAUUUACACAGGGAUCACCUUAUCGGAAUAUUUCCGUGACAUGGGCUAUCAUGUCAGCAUGAUGGCCGACUCCACUUCCCGUUGGGCGGAGGCCCUCCGCGAGAUCUCUGGGCGAUUGGCCGAGAUGCCUGCAGACAGUGGGUACCCAGCUUAUUUGGGUGCCCGCUUGGCCUCUUUCUAUGAACGAGCCGGGCGUGUAAAGUGCCUGGGCAGCCCCGAGCGGGAAGGGAGCGUCAGUAUCGUCGGGGCGGUGUCCCCUCCUGGGGGUGACUUCUCCGACCCAGUAACCUCCGCAACCUUGGGCAUUGUCCAGGUCUUCUGGGGUUUGGACAAGAAGCUGGCUCAGAGGAAGCAUUUCCCAUCAGUGAACUGGCUGAUCAGCUAUAGCAAAUACAUGCGGGCUCUGGAUGAGCAUUACGAGAGGCACUACCCCGAGUUUGUCUCCUUGCGUACGAAGGCCAAAGAGAUCCUCCAGGAGGAGGAAGACCUCGCGGAGAUUGUCCAGCUGGUUGGGAAGGCCUCUCUUGCCGAAACGGACAAGAUCACGCUUGAGGUGGCCAAGCUGAUCAAGGACGACUUCUUGCAGCAAAAUGGCUACUCCUCCUAUGACAGAUUCUGCCCUUUCUACAAGACGGUGGGGAUGCUCCAGAACAUGAUCUCCUUCUACGAACUGGCGCGCCACGCGGUGGAGUCCACAGCCCAGUCGGAGCACAAGAUCACCUGGGCCGUCAUCCGCGAGAACCUGGGCGACGUCAUGUACAAGCUGAGCUCCAUGAAAUUCCAGGAUCCCGUGAAGGAUGGCGAGGCAAAGAUCAAAGCUUAUUAUACCCAGCUGAACGAGGAGAUGCAGAAUGCCUUCCGCAACUUGGAGGACUGAAAGGAGAACUAGGGGUGGCAUUCUUGCAUGGUUUCAGAUAAGAGUG